AUGGCAAUUCAAAAGCUACAAGUCGGUAUGGCCGGCCUCGGCCGAGUUGGCAAGUUCCAUGCCAUGAACUUCCUGCAGCGGACUCCCCGUGCCGAACUUGUCGCCGCUUUUACCCCGGAUCCAACUGAGAUUGUUUGGGGAAGAAUCAAUUUGGAGCCCCAUGGAGUCACUUUGUAUGACAACUACGAUGCGAUGCUCAAACACCCUGGUAUUCAAGCUGUGGCCAUUGGAACGGCGACUUCGGUCCAUGCAGAUGAAGCUAUCAAGGCUAUUGAUGCUGACUUGCACGUUUUGUGCGAGAAGCCUCUCUCAAUCCACAUCGACGUGUGCAAAGCUGUUGUAGAUGCCGCGAAGAAGAAGCCUCACCUGAAAGUGAUGUGUGGCUUUUCUCGGCGCUUCGACGAGUCAUACCGCGAGGCACACAACAAGGUCGAACAGGGACUCAUCGGUCGACCCUCGAUUAUCCGCAGCCAGACCUGUGACAAGCUUGAUCCAUCGGGGUUUUUUGUCGAAUAUGCCGCUUGGUCCGGCGGUGUCUUUGUCGAUAUGGCUGUACACGACAUUGAUCUCACACUCUGGUUCUUCGGCGAUGACAUUAUCCCCAAGAGCAUCUCUGCUCACGGAAUCACCGCUGUUCAACCCGAGCUGAAGAAGCAUAAUGAUUACGAUAAUGCUGUUGGAAUCGUGGAAUUCCAGAAUGGCAAGAUCGGUUACUACUACUGCUCAAGGAUGAUGGCCCAUGGACAGGAGGAUACCACAGAGAUUAUCGGUACUGAAGGCAAGUUGGCUGUCAACAGCAACCCUCAGCGCAACUUUGUCAACUACUACCAUGCUGGUGGUAUUACUCGCGAAGUUCCUCCCAACUUCAUGGGCCGAUUUGGUCCUGCUUUUGUGCAAGAGGCCAAUGAGUUCACUGCUGCAUGCCUGGACAACACACCGCUUCCCAUGAAAUUAAGCAACGCUGUCAAGGCCGUUGAGAUUGGAGCUUAUCUACAAGAGGCGCUAGUCACUGGGAAGCAGCUCCAUUUUGACGAAAUUGGUCGACGCAUUGAGAAAGCCCAGCUAUAG